UUGCUAGCUAGCUCACAGCUCGAAGAAAAUGGCAUCCUCAGAACAACCUGAUCAACAAAUCCAGAAUGACUCUCCUAUCAGAGAGGAUGCCCCUCCACGGGAAGCCCUAAUUGCGACAGCUGUGAAGUUUUUACAGAACCAGAAAGUUCGUCAAAGUCCUUUGGCCACCAGAAAAGCUUUCUUGAAGAAAAAAGGUCUGACAGAUGAAGAGAUUGAGCUUGCCAUUCAGCGCUCAGGCAGCACGGAGGAACCGCUGGCUCUCAGUCCAGGAGGCCUACCACUCAUUUCGCAACCUCCUCCUCCGAUGGUCCCAGUACCAUACAGUUCCCCUGGUUACAGAUGGAGAGAUUAUGGAGCGCUGGCUAUAAUCAUGACAGGAAUGGCCUUUGGUUUCCACCACCUUUAUCGGAAAUAUAUACUACCCCUGAUAAUGGGCAGCGAAGAGGACAAGAAGCAUCUGCAAAGGAUGGAAAGCAGUAUCGCGGAGAUGAGUGGCACGCUGACACAGACAGUCACACAGUUGCAGAUGACUUUGGCCACUGUGCAAGACCUGCUGGUCCAGCAGCAGAAGAGAAUACAGGAGCUGUCCCAGGAGCUGGCUGCCUCAGAGGCCUCGUCUGCCACCAGCCGCAUGCUGGAGUCUCAGAGUAUCAGUGAACUGAGGGCUGAAAUCGUCUCUUUGAAAGGACUUCUCCUCAGCCGGAGACAGUUCCCAGCAUCCCCCUCCGUUCCUAAAAUCCCGUCUUGGCAGAUCCCCCUGAAGCCGGCCUCUCUGUCCAACCCCCCCUCAGCCAAUCACACUAACAGCAGCAGCGACAUCUCCCCUGUCAGCAACGAGUCCACCAACUCCUCGCCAAUCAAAGAGGGCCUCAGCUCACAGGCCACGCCUUCGGGUACGCACAGCCUGAACGGGGACGCCAGCCUUGGUUCCAUGCUGCCCCUGGACCUGAAGGACCAAGUCCGCAUGGAGGUGCAGGGAGAGGAGGAGAAGAAAGAGGAGGAGGAGGACGAAGAGGAGGAUGAAGAUGACGACGUGACUCACGUUGACGAGGAGGAACACCUGAGUGUGCAGACGGAGGACAGGAGAGGAGGCGAUGGACAGAUUAACGAACAAGUGGACAAACUGCGGCGUCCAGAAGGAGCUAGCAACGAGAGCGAAGUUGAUUAGAACUCGCUAGCGCCUCUCGGGACAAGAGCCGUCCGUCCAUCCGUCCGUCAAGUCCUCUGGUUCCAUUUCUCCCUUCCACUCACCUUCCCUGGACCGAACUCAACCCUGUCAUAAUUUCCACCUUACUGUAGGAUGGUCAGCAAAAGCCAACUGUUCUCCGUUGUAGUAAAAGUGAGAAGAAAGCAGUCAAAUCCAUAUAUUUGAUGUGUUGUACCAUUAGGGUGUGAGUUUGUUUAUUCACCAAUAUGGAGACUCAGUAAUGACACAAGCAUUGUCGCAUGUCUGGGCAAGCACAGAUGAGUGUGGAGAGAGACUCUCUACGUUUGUGGAUGAAAGAAUCGUGUUUCUGACUUGCUCCAUAGCCACACAGAAUCCCAGUGCAUUCUCCUUACCACUACCUUUUCACAGGACAGUUACAGCUGCUGAAUCAGACACUGCACAAAGUAUCUGGAAUCAUAAAUACACACACACACACACAUAUAUAUGUAGGUAAAUUCAACUAUUCAGCUGUGUUUAAUUGCAAUUAAGUGGUUCUGACUACAAAUAACACCAAAGAAUGGAACUGUCAGCAGUGUGGGAUGGGAAGUACUUUUGUGUGUUUGCUUUAGGCCUUUGGACUGACCGUGGAGAGACUCAUUGGUCACAUGUGAUUUGUGGUGGCCACCUUCUGUCUGGCCUUUUUUGAUCUCUCACACAUCACCUCACGUCUGCUGUGCUCUCUCUCUCUCUCUUUUCUGUUCUCCCUCUCUCUCCGUGCAGAAGGCAAAGAUCCAAAUAAUGUUUGUGUGUGAAAACAAGUCUUUGUAAUUUCCGAUUAAAGCAAUGAUGGGUUUGUUUCCUGAUGGCGUUGGCAAUUGGAAAGCAUGAAGGAGGCAGAUAAAUGGUGUUUUUUUGUUUUCGCUCUCUCUCUCUCGCUCUCGCUCUCGCUCUCGCUCUCUCUUGC